GGAAAAGCAUUCUAGUUUAUUUGUCUGUUUGAUGAUUUUAUCGAUAAAGGAAAUCUUCGUUUUUUGUUUUUGAUGCUGGAAAAAGUUGUUGUUGUCUUUUUUUUCUAGUGAAAAUUUUUUCUGGUUCGAUCGAACGUUGCAAAUCGAAAGAAAUUUGAUUGAUUGAAACUGCUGCUAGAUCUACAUUAUUGAGAUUUUUUUUCCCUUUGUAAAUCUGUGUUUGUGUUGUUGAUUUUUUUAUUGGUUUGCUAUUCCAAUGUAAUCAUGAAGAUAUUCACUAGUGUUAUUCAAUUUUCAUUAUUAUGGCCAUUUAUCCUGAUAUUUGCUGAUCAAAAAUUACCCAUUACAGAACAACCAAUUUGUCGAUGGAUUAAUCAAUAUUUUGAUAAUGAUGAUAAUCAAACAAAAAUUUCUGAAUGGAAUUUAGUUUGGCAUGAUGAAUUUGAUUCGAAAAAAAGAUUAGAUAAUCAAUGGACAAUUGAAAAUGAAAUAAAUACCUGUACAGGUAAUUGGGUACAACAAGAACAUUGUAAUACAAAUCGUCCAGAAAAUAUACAAAUUAUCGAUGGUUUUUUAAUGUUAGCCGCACAUCGUGAAUCUUAUUAUGAUCAUGAUUUUACCGCAGCAUCAAUGACAACAAAUAAUUAUUUUACUCAUGGCCGAUAUGAAAUUCGAGCAUCAAAUCCAAUUGGAAAUUUUCUUCGUACAUCUAUAUUUACAAGAAAUUAUAAAGAAUCAUAUUGGCAUGAAAAUGGUCAAAUUGAUGUGUUUUCCUAUCUACAGGGAACAAAUAUUGUUCGUGGUAUACAUUAUGCUGAUUCUACCAAUUUCUAUGAACCGACUGAUCUACCAUUAUCUAUUUUAAAUAUUACCAACAAUAAUACAAACAAUUUUAUGCAUGAUUUUCAUCUAUUCGGUGUCGAAUGGAAUAAUGAAAGUAUUCGAUACUUUUUCGAUGAUUAUUAUAGUCCAAAAAUUUGUUUCUGUAAUGAAAAAAAAUACCUUAAACCAUAUCAUCAGUUACGUUUUCAGAUUGGUGUUGGCGGGAUAUUUUUUCCAGUUAAAAAUUUAUCCGGAAAAAUUCAAUGGAAUUGUCCAUCAUUAGUUGUUGAUUAUGUUCGAGUUUAUCAAUAUUCAAUCGACAAUGACAACAACAGUAAUAAAACAGAAAAGAUUCCAGAAUGUCUUUUCAAUCAAAUAGAAUCAAUAACCGAGUCGAAAAUUUUGGAAAAAAUUUGCCUAAUGACAAGACAAUCAGAUCAAUCAUCAACGGAUUCAUUUUUAUCCGGUUAUACGGAAUCGAUAAAAUUAACAAAUUUUCAACUUGUAAUAAUAUUGAUUAGCAUAAUGAUCAUAUUAUUUGUUGCCGUAUCAAUAUAUCUAAUAAUACAGAUGAAAAAAUUUGGCGCUAAAGUUGAUCAACAAACUGAUUAUUAUAGUGUACCACAACAAAAAAGAAAUUCAUAUACAAUACCGGAUGAUGAUCAUAAUGAAAUUUAUGAAAUACCUGUUUAUGAUUAUGAUGCACUUGAAACACAAUUAGAAAAAACUAUAAGACAAAAUAAUAUCGUAACGAAUGAAUAUUUAGAGAUUAAACCGGUCGUACCAACAUCAGAUCUAUUAUCAUCAUCAGUAUAUGAACCAAUGAUUAAAGAAAAAUCCGAUAACAUUAUUAAAAAUUAUUACUAGAUGGCGAAACAUUCUUUAUCGUCAUGCAAACAAAAAAACUAAAUUGAAU